AAAUAUUUAGACCCAACCUUCAAGGUUGCUCAUCAUCAGUAAUCGCGAUCGGCUUCCACGGUAUAAUAUGCCCUACAGUACUGAUCCAAAUGUUCUGGUAGCAGAUAACCUGACGUAUACGUAUUACUCUUCGGCACCCAAUGUCAAAUAAAAUAGAAGUCCUCCCUACCUCAUCCUCACACCUCACCCCCGGCUGGGCAUACGUCCCAGAGCCUCGCUAUGGCAGCUCUGCCCACACCGGGAGGUCUGCUGGAGGUCGAAAACGAGCCGUACGUGAUCUUGGGGGCGCUGGAAGGGCAGAGGUGUCAUCAUCAAGACGAAAUACUGCGGUUCUAAGACAUCUCGCGGAGCUUGAUCGGGAAAAUCAUAAAGAUACACAUAUUCCGAUUCCAACGAAGCAGAAGGGCGCGACAGCGAAAGACAAACCUAGAGGCAAAACAACCUCCAAUGUCCGGCGUAUCCUCAUGUCCCAAAAAACAUUCAGAAAUUACCUAGAUGAUGAAGAAGCCGCGCUAGCCCAAGCCCAAGGUCUGGCAACACAAACUUCCUCGACAAUUACAACAGCCGCAGCUGCCACCGCUCGCUCUACCGCACUGAAAUCCAGCAAACCCAGCACCCCGCGCACAUCAUCCCAUCCAGCAACACCCAAAAAGGCAGCCAGCACUACAGGCCAACCCUCCGAACCGCCCAGCGCAGCCUCCUCCCGCCCCUCCACUUCAGCCCUACAGAAACAACAACCAAACCAAGAGCUAAUCGCCUCGAACUAUGAUAACGACCCGCUCCUCCGCUCUUACAUCCCCCCCGUGCCCUCAGAAAGAUUAAUGCAACUACUCCUCGCAGAGCCACCACUGUCAUACAACGCCUCCCUCGCAACGACAACUCUGCCGGGCCGCAGCAACGCGAACCAAGCAGUUUCCAAACCACCACGACACUUCUGUUCUAUAUGUGGUUACUGGGGCAGGGUAAAGUGUAUCAAAUGCCGCGCGCGGGUGUGUGGAUUGGACUGUUAUCGCGUCCAUGAAGAGACAAGGUGUGAUCGGUUUUAUGCUUAGAGGGGCCUGGCUGCAGAGAGCGAAGUUCCUCUUCUACUCGAGAGCGGCGAACGCCACUUUCAUACAAUACUACCACUAAGGCGUGCUGACGACUAGCACGGCGUGCACGGUAUAGUCUUCAAGAGACGACGAUGGGCACCCUCUCUCAAUAAUAUUGAGAUAGCAGGGCGGAUACGUGGUUUGAAGGUCUAGGAAGGGAACCCAAAAAACUCACACCAAAACCUCUCCCAUUACUUCUACCUUGAGGUCCAACCCCGGACUAGGAACUUGAUGCGAAGGAUUUCCUCCGCACUCGCUACGCUAUCCAUCAGGAGUUAUGGGAUAUUAAUAGCUUUAGAAGCCACCAGCUCAGUUCCAUAGCAUUUUGGAGCCGCAAGAAACGGUCCAUACGGGAUUAUUUAGAUAUCAAUCAUCGUUGGCAUGGGUUAAGAUUGAGAGCAAGGGCGACUGAAGGCGAAAAAAAGUGGGAAUUUCGAGUCGGAAUUCAAGAAAUCCUGUCCUGCGGGAAAGCAGAUAUAGUAUCUGUGCAGAGCAUGGAGACAGACAAAGGCCACAAAAGGCAUUAGAUAUGUGAAAUCGCGGAGGUUAAGGUGGCAUUAAGGGAGUAUUCAAUUUGAUUGCUGAACGGAUGUCACAACCGGCCCGAGGUCAUAGAAGUGAUUGCACAAGGCGAAAUGAUUAGAAGCGCAAAAAAUGCGCUGUAUUAUUGGCAUAACUUGGUAUAAUAUAUAUACAAUGCAACGAAAAUCCGAUGUAAUGUGUUAAGGAAAAUAUGAAUGAAUUAGAAAAAAAAUGUAUAUCCCACAUUUCCAUCACCUGACUCCAUAAAAAGCUUAACACUUCAUAUUGAUUCCCAUCCUCAACUCCUCUUCCCGAAUCUCAAACAUCACCUGCACGCCCACAAAUAGGGUCAAGCACGCCCCUACAAGAUACACCAGCCCACCCACACUACCAACAA